AUGUCGCGAAGAAAAAACCGCAAGAAAAGCUACUCAUCGGAACAAUGUUGUGCCGGACCGGCCGCGAGUGGCCCGCUAAGCGAGACGAUGUGUGGGCACAUCCGAAUUUCGCAGAGGCAACUUUGGACAAUCCGACUUCUUUCGACAACAACCCUCCCGACUUAUCCCAACCCGGUUGUCGACCGUGAGUGUGAUCGCUACGAAACCUGCAGGAGUGCAUGCGCUGAAACUUUUCUUUGUGUCCAGAAUUUCGCCAUGGCCGAUAUCGAUGUCAAGCUCGCUUCCUGGAAGCUGGUCGAGGUUGGCCGCCUCGUCCUGAUCCGCCGUGGCCCCUUCGCUGGCAAGCUCGCCGCCAUUGUUGAGAUUGUCGACCACCGCCGUGUCCUCGUCGACGGUCCCUCUGGUGAGGAGCAGAAGAUCGUGCCCCGUCACGUUCUUCCCCUCGCUCACGCCACUCUCACCCCCUUCACCAUCCCCAAACUUCCCCGUUCUGCCGGUACCGGCCCUGUCAAGAAGCUGUGGGCGAAGAACGAGAUCGAUGGCAAGUGGGCCAAGUCUAGCUUUGCCCAGAAGUCCGACCGCGCUGAGCGCCGCAAGAACCUGACCGACUUCGAGCGCUUCAAGGUUCUGCGUCUCCGCAAGCAGGCUCGCUACGAGGUCCAGAAGUCCCACGCCAAGGUCCGGGCUGCCGCUGCCAAGUCAUAA